AUAACAUUUAAAUGAAUUAACACCAAAAACAUGAUCUUCAUGAGCCGCCGCAGGUUUCGCCCUUCCGGUCACUUUUCCGGCCGCUUUCUGAACCUAAAACCCUUCAAUAUCUCCAUCACCUUGUUUUAUAUAUAGAUAUAGGUGCACUUGCUUAAUGAUACUAAUAACACUGUUCGUCCUCUAGACAUCAAACAGUCAAAUCUUCCUCCGACAAAUUCUACCCUCAGCGAUUGAUUCCUGCAUUGCCGGUGUUAUAUCUGUGCGCUUGUUUCUCAAAUUUUCUCCUUUCAGAAUUCAUAAGGGUUUGAUCUAGCUCUUUUGCAAUAUAAACAGCGAAAAUUGUGAUAGCUUGGUUUCGAUUCUAGGGUUUUAGAUUCGAACUACUUGGUUCUUCGUGGAAAGCUACAGGACUAAAUUCAAAAAUCAGGCGGUGGAUUCUGGAAUUUGAGAGUGUGAUUUCGUUUUCGUACAUCGUCAGCUGCUUCCGGCGAUAAAGUUGAGUUGUUCUUAUGUGAUAUAUAAUAUUCUCGUUCUUCUAGGGUUUUUGUGAAACUGUGAAUUCUGGUUUGGAAGAGUCGUAAUCUGAAGGGCAUGGCGUCGUACAGACCAUUCCCUCCACCGCCACCUCAAUCAAAAUUUGGUCCGCCAAUACCUCCGCCACCCAAUCAGACUUCCCUCCCACCUCCCCAACUUGCCCCUGUACCCCAACCGAGAGGAAAUAUGUUUUCGCAGAAUUGGAGCUACCCUGCUUCGAGUUUUCAACCGGGUGUUUAUGCCGCCCUUCCUAGACCCCCUGUUCCAAAUCAGCAACAACAGUAUUCAUCGUAUCCACCACCACCGCCACUAGAGUCCGCUUACCCACCACCACUACCUCCUCCUUCUCAGCCUGCACGACCUGGACAAAUGUACUUUCCAUCUUCUCAAAACCCCCUGCUUAAUAACCAGCCACCGCCACCUCCACCUUCCUCUCCACCCACUUCUUCAAUCCCUCCACCACCACCACCGCCCCCAUCACAACCACCAUCGCCUCCACCACCUCCGUCAUCAGUCCCCUCGAUCAAUCAAACCAAGGAACAUAGACAAGGUGACCAUAGAAGUUCUUCCAAGCGCGAUUCACACCACAAGGUUCCUUCUAGAGAACAUGCCAAGCCUUCUGCUCUUCCUCCAAUGCCCGCAAGAACAUCAAAGGCCGAGACAGAAGAAGAGAGGAGGAUACGCAAGAAACGAGAAAUGGAGAAGCAAAGGCAAGAGGAAAAACAUAAGCAGCAAUUGAAGGAAUCUCAAGAUAAAAUCCUUCAAAAGACUCGAAUUUUAUCAUCAUCUUCAAUCAAACCACAUGGCUCAAUCAGUGGUUCACACAUAGGUGAAAGGAAAGCUACACCUUUUUUGAGUGGUGAAAGGGCUGAAAACCGAUUAAAGAAGCCAACAACAUUUCUCUGCAAAUUGAAGUUCCGAAACGAGUUACCAGAUUCAACAGCUCAACCAAAGCUUAUGUCUUUAAGAAGAGACAAAGAUCGAGCUGCUAAAUAUGGCAUCACUUCAUUGGAAAAUGUACACAAACCUCAAUUACACGUUGAACCAGAUCUUGGGAUACCUCUUGACUUACUUGAUCUCAGUGUAUACAAUGCUCCAAAGAAUGAAAUCCUUCAUGUUGCCCCUGAGGAUGAAAAACUGUUGCAGGAAGAUGUUUCUGUGACUCCUAUCAAGAAAGAUGGAUUAAAAAGAAAGGAUCGCCCUACAGAUAAAGGGAUGUCUUGGUUGGUUAAGACACAAUACAUAUCUCCACUUACCACAGAUGCAACUAGACAGUCUUUGACAGAAAAACAAGCAAAAGAACGUGAAACACGUGGACGUAACAUGUUAGAUAGCCUGAAUAGCAGGGAAAGGAAAAUUCAAGAUAUUUUAUCUUCUUUUGAGGCAUGCAAAUCACAUCCUGUUCAUGCUACUAAUAAAAAGCUGAAGCCUGUUGAGAUUUUACCAUUAUUUCCUGAUUUUGAAAGGUGGGAUGAUAAAUAUGUUGUUGCAACUUUUGAUGGUGCUCCAACUGCUGAUUCAGAAAGCUAUAACAAAAUGGACAAAUCUGUACGAGAUGCUUAUGAAUCUCAGGCUAUUAUGAAAAGUUUUGUGGCAAACACCUCGGGUUCAGCUAAACCUGAUAAGUUUUUGGCUUAUAUGGUUCCUUCAGUUGGUGAGCUAUCGAAGGAUAUAUACGACGAAAACAAAGAUAUUUCUUACACAUGGGUUCGCGAAUAUCACUGGGAUGUUCGAGGUGAAGAUGCAGAUGAUCCAACAAAUUAUCUCGUGGCAUUUGAUGAAUCCAAGGCUCGUUACAUGCCUUUGCCUACAAAACUGAUGCUAAGGAAAAAGAGAGCUAAGGAAGGAAAAACGAGUGAUGAGGUUGAACAUUUUCCUGUGCCAUCAACUGUGACUAUAAGGCAAAGAUCAACUGUUUCAAUAGACAUGAAAGAAUCUGAGAGUUAUGUUGGUUCAAAGGGGAGGAGUUUGAGAUCUUCCAGGCAUGAAAGAAGAAUGGAGAUGGAAGAUGAUGAUGAUGAUGAUGAUGAUGAUAAUGGUUACAUGGAUCAAUCUAGUGGUGCUGAAUAUGAUAAUAUGUCUGAUUGAUAAUGAUGAUGAUGAUAUUCAAGAUGAAGAUAACAAAUCGAAGUACUUACACAAACAAGCUAGAGUUGUUUAGAAUUGGAUUAAGGAAUAUUUUUGUAGCAUAACAUAUAUUAUAUAUAUACCUGGUUGUUUGCCCAUUUUGUGUUGAAAGUUGCAAACAUUUAGUAAUGUUAAGAAAGGUGUACAUUACGAAGAUGUUUUUAGGACACUUGUACAACAAGCAUAUUUAGAUUUUUUUUUUUUUUGUUCUUUUUCU